UCUACAGCAGGUCUCAGAGGUUCCUCGGGAACCUUCUCUACAGGAGACUUUCAAAGUUCUAUAGGAGGCCUUGGAGGCUCUAUAGAAACUGACUCUACAGGAGGCUAUGGAGGCUCCUCAGGAAGCUCACCUACAGAACAUUUUGGAGAUUCUACACCAGGCCUUGAAGACGCGGGAAAAUUAUCCACAGGAAGCUUUGAAGGUUCUACAGGAGGAUUUGGAAGCUUUACAGCGGGCCGCAAAGCCUCUCUAGGAACCUCUUCCACAGGAGGUUUUGCAAGUUCUCCAUCAGGCGUUGGAGUCUCCUCUGGAACUUCUUCACCAGAAAACUUUGUAGGCUCUACAAUAGGCCAUGAGGCAUUACUUAAAGGACAUGCAGGAGGGCUUGGAGGUCUUGGGGGUUCAUCAAGAGGACUUACAGGUUCAUUACAAGGACAUGGAGGUUCAACAGGACUUAGAGGAUUAGCAGGUUCAACAGGACGUGCAGACUUAAAAGGUCUUCCGAGUUCAAGAGGACUUUCAGGCUCAACAGGCAGCUUUGGAAAUUCAUCAGGGGGAACAGAAGGUGCAAAAGGGAGCUUUGGAGGCUCAGCAGGUGGACUCAAGGCCACAUCACACCAUGGAGGUUUGGAAAUCCAGAUCCUCAAGGACAAUCGUCAAGGACCCGAUGAAAAAGGAAAUUAUGAAUUUAAUUUUGAAAAUGAAAAUGGUAUCAUUCGCCAGGAACAAGGUAUCGCAAAGGGAGAGUCUGGUGCUGUAACGCAACAAGGGGGAUGGUCAUUUUCUUUCCCCGAUGGUACUCCAGCAUCAUUCAAUUUCGUUGCUGACGAAAAAGGGUUUCGAGUUGAGUCUGACCUACUGCCAACUCCCCAUCCCCUGCCCGCUCACGCCAUCGCUCAGAUCGAAAGAGCUCGCCAACAAACAGCCUCUCCCCCACAAGCACCGCAUGCUGAUGGGGCUAAAUUCUCUUCCAAGAACCCCAGCAUAACCUCGGGCUAUCCUUAGCCUGUACUGCCCAGAGCUCUUGAUCUCACAUGUUUUCACAAAUCACCGUCUUCUUUGGAUAUUUCCCAGAGUUAACUUGAGGCUUGCAAUAGCUUUGGCAUCUAAAGCAAUCAAAACUAUUACGCUCUUCCUAUGUAUUUAAUAUAUAAAUAUAUAUAAUAUAUAUAAAUAUAUAAAGG